UGCUGUGCCUAAAAUGUACAAUUCAGUAAGAGCAUCAGUUCAGAGUGAGCUCAGAAGUGUGGACUUUUUCUCUGCCACCACUGACAUGUGGUCAAGUGUGAACAUGACUCCUUACAUGAGUCUUACUGUUCAUUACCUGACCACAGACUUGACUCUAAAAUCACGCUGCCUCGAAACAGUGUUUAUGCCCCUGAAUCACACAUCUGACAACAUCGCAGAGGCUCUACGCAGCGCAUUUGAUGAGUGGUCCCUGGAUGAGAAGAAGCUGGCGUGCGUAACGACAGAUAACGGGGCAAACAUCGUGGCAGCAGUGAGACAAUUGGGCUGGACGUGGCUGAACUGCUUCGGACACAAUCUACACUUGGCAGUGACAAACGCAAUGGCAAGCGUUAAAGAUCGCACAUCGCGAGCAAUGGGCCAGUGCCAUACCUUAGUGGGUGCGUUCUCCCAGAGCUGGCUGAAGAGGAGGGAUCUGGCGAAAGCGCAAGCGGAGCUUCAAACCCCGCAGCACGUACUCAUAAUGGACUGUCCAACAAGAUGGGGCUCCAAACAAAAAAUGGUGGACCGAGUCUUGGAGCAAAUCCCCGCCAUAAAACGAGUUUUGGAUGAUCGGCGGCAUCAGCAUCUCAUCCCCAGCUGGCAGGACAUUGCCGUUUUGGAGUCGGUGAACGCGGCGUUAAAGCCAGCGGCUGAUUUUACGGAUCUGCUGUCUGGCGAGAACUACGUCACGGUCUCAUCAAUUAAACCUGUCCUGAAACUCCUCACGGAAGAUGUCUUAAAACCAUCAGACGAGGACACCACUCUGACCUCAGACAUCAAGCGGAAGAUGUGCAGUGUUCUCGAGGAGAAGUACAGACCAGCUGCUCUACAAGCAACUUUGGCAAAGUCCUGCUUGCUGGACCCAAGAUAUCGGGGCAACAAUUUUGAUGAGUAUGCGGAGGAGGAGACAAAGUGCGCGCUGAUCAAUGAAAUGUUGGACACGGAAGACAGAGAGAGCGGUGCCAGUGCGUCAGCUGCUGACCAGCCAGAGUCCUUGGCGCAGACAGCGGUGCCACCCCCCACCAAAAAAAGAACGCUCGGAGACCUGCUGAAGUCACGGACAAGCACGUCUGCAACCGUCCCGAAGAGAGCCAGAGCCGACCUGGAGCUCACUCGCUACCUGCAGGAGGAACCCACCGACUCUAAUGACAACCCCCUGGCAUGGUGGUGCAACAACCAGGAGAGAUUUCCCUUGCUCUCCAAAGUGGCACGCAAGUACAUGUGUAUUUGCGCAACAAGCACACCAUCCGAGAGGGUUUUCAGUGUCGCUAGAAAUGUUGUCACCCCUCUCAGAUCCUGUCUCAAACCGCAUAAGGUUAACAUGCUGGUUUUCCUUGCUCGUAACAAGGACAUGACCGAGUUAUAA